CCCCGGCCACAGCUUCAGCUUCCAGCAGUGCAUGAUGGGAGAGCGUGUGGACGUCCUGUGUGUGCUCCACAACCUCUCCCCUAUACUCCCCGUCACCUUCAAGUUCCGAAAGAUGGCCAACUUCAUCAGUGACCCGCCUAGUGGGACCAUCUCCCCAGGGCAAAGCCAGGUAGACGACCCUGGUCCAGGCUCAGAUGGCUACUUAUUUUGGCCAGAGGAAACUAGUGCACUGUAUAGGGUGGCUGGGCCCUAAAGUAGUGCACUAUAUAUGGAAUAUAUCCUCCCUGAGUCUGACAGAAAGCUGAUCAGAAUCAUUGAUCUGUGUUUUUGUCCAGGACGUGGUGCUGUCCUUCGCCCCCCACCAGAUGGGGACUUUCAAGGUGAAACAGGUGCUAGAGGUGCUGGGUCAGGUGGUACACCUGGAGCCCUCCUCCACCAAGCUCCGCCUCCGCAGCUUCCACACCCUCACCCUGCACCUGUCAGCCGUUUGCCGGGCACAGACCGCCUGCAAGACACCCAAACUCAACCCUGGUGAGACCCAAAGCCACCCCCUGCCCACAGCCAGCACACUGAACCACUCACUGCCCUGUCCACUGAUCUCUUACCCAUACAGUAUAUGUUCUUCAAAGUAUUGUAUGGCAUUCUAUCUUCAACCUAUUAUUAGACCCACCCAUUCAUUGUUUUGUCUGUGAUGCAUCAGGAAUCACCCCGGCUGUGACCAAUGAGACAGGCCAGUAUGCCCGGGUGCCCUCCAGUGAGCUGGGCAGGUGUGUGGGAUUGGUGCGGGCAGCUGUCCUUAGCGCGGCCAAGACCCGGCUCCACAGCCACGGCCAGAGCAAGAGCCACCGUAGGAGCCAGAGGCUAGAUGGUAGCCAGCGGGAGCUAGUGGCCUUCCCCAACGACAGGGCCUGCAGCAUCCGCCCUGCCUCUCCAGACACCACCUACAGGUCAUUUGAGUAAUACCGUUAUAGAGUAUCUGACAUGGCACCCUGUGACCUAUUCCAGAGCCAUAUCAGUACUACUAAUAGUAAUGAUGGCAAUAGUAUCAGUGCAGUCAGGUUUACUGGGACCUACUGUACCUCCAGAUGCCUGGGCAGUCAGCGCAGUGUGUUUACAGUGGCAUCCGUGUCCCUAUAAAGUCCUAUGUACCCCCUAUGUACCCCCUAUGAACUCUUAUGAACUGCUUAUAUCCUCUCUGUCUCUCUCCACCCAGGACCAUCUUCACGGGGGUGGAGCGCUACCGUUACGUGGACCCUGACUUUGCCUUCACGGAGGAGGAGCAGCAGCAGAGACAGAGACACAGAGAUCACUACCUAGCCUUCUUCAGGAGCCUGCGAAACACGCGCUUGCAGAAAACCACCGCGAGGUAGACAGAGGGUGAUGUGUGUUCUGUAUGUUGUCACCUAGGCAACCCAAACAGCUACGCAGUAAGCAAAACUAUGCUGAAAAUACCUAUUUUAGACCUAUUUUCCAGACGUGGACAUUACACGCAUUUCAGGUGCUGAAUGAAAGGUUAGAAGACAUCUUUUCCGACGUUGAAAAUGCGUAUUUUUCCGGAAGUAGAAAAUACGUAAUUUACAGACUUUGAAAAUAUAUCUUUUUCAGUCAUUGAUUCUAUGGACACAUUUCUGCACAUACUGUACACUAUCAGUGAAGUAAGCAUUACUGUAUAUCACUAUAACAUAGGAAUGAGGGGCCAACUGAAUAUGUAUUAUUGCUACCAUCUGUCACAUUCACUCAUGUUAACUUUUUCAAAAGCUUUAAAACUGGCAGCGAUGAUGUUCAAAAUAAUCCAAGCUACAGAAUGAACCAACAGACCACUUCAACUACAAUAACAUUCUCAGUAACGGUUACAGAUUUCUUUCUUUUCUUGCUAUGACUGUGAUAUGUUUUUGUUAACCUGCUGAAUGACCAAAAUUUUAAAUGUAAAAAACAAACACUUGCAAAGCUUUCUGGGAUAUUAUUCUAAUGAGCUCUGCCCCCAAACAAGUACAUAUUUGGUCAGUGCGGACCAGAUCCAAAUCUGAAUAAAUCAUAGACGUCUAGGCUGUUUCACACGUUUGAACAUCACAUUACAAUACGGCAGUUUAGUACAGUAGAAGACAGUAUGGUAUGGUACGGUACGGUACAGUUUAGUUCAGUAGAAUAGUGCUCUACUGUAUUGUACUGUACUGGACUCUGCUGUCAAAACUUUUGAUACAUAGAUGUCUAUUAUUUGUUCAGAUUUGGUCCAGUCCAGACCGGACCAAAUCUGAACCAGGUAUAGACGUCUAUGUUUGGGCCAAAUAUAGGCCGGACCGCACCAAAUCUGAACCAAACAUAGACGUCUAUGAAUGGUUCAGAUUUGGUCCGGUCCUGUACUCUGCUUGAAAUCAAGGCCGGUCCGGACUGCACCAAAAGGCGUGAAAGGCAAACACCCUACUGGACCAAUCAUAGACAUCUAUAUUUGGGCCAAAUUAAGGCCAGUCCAGACCGGACCGGACGAAAUCUGAACCAAUCAUAGAUGUAUUUUAUUUAGUCAAAUCAAGGCUGGUCUGGACCGGACCAAAUCUGAACCAAAUAUAGAUUUCUAUGUUUGGUUCAGACUUGGACAGGACCAAAAAUGUACGUCAGUGGACGUUGAAAUCAAGGCCGGUCCGGACCGCACCCCAAACAAAUACCUAAAAAAGACAGCCGGACCAAAAAAAGACGUCCAAAAGACGUUGCUUGACGGUAAAUGCUUAGUGGGUACAACAUUUUUUGCAAUAACUAAACUGCAAAGCUCGGUCCUAGCCACUCCCCUUCCAAAAAGUCUACCUAUGAGGGGAUUUGAUUAAUCUGCACUCUACUCUUAUCUUUUGAUAAAAAGGCUUUAUCUGCCUUCCCAAUGAAAACUAGUUUGAAAAUUCAAACAUAUACUGUAUUUUAUGAAAAAGAGAUAUGACCGAGCGGUGCAGAUUACUGUUCGAUUUGAGCAGGGCUCGCCUCCCUCACCAGCUCGCCCAGUCACGUGACGGUCAUACCCCAGUGCAACCUGGCCAGUUUAAUCGAAUCCCCUCAUCAUUGUUUACAAUAUGUGCUGUACGCUGACAACAAGGUGGUAUCUGACAAUGUUUUCGAUGUAUGCUCAGGCUGCAUGGCGAGGUGGAGGACGUCAUAGACAUUGGGCUCCGGCCUGCCGCAGGACUCCUCACCCCCAAGCUCUCUCUGAGGGACCUGGAGUCCAAUCACAGCCAGGAGGGGCGGAGCGUCGACCAGGGACAUAGCCAGCUAUUGACCACCUGUAUGCUGGCUGCCAUGGAGACCAGGUCCAGCUCCAGACAGGUAAAGCAGGGCGUGUAAAGUUGAACUGCGAUCUCUGGGAAACCAUUUUACAUGGCUCCUCUAAAGUCUACAGUUACCUGUUUUAGCCUAUGCAAUCCCCCCACUUUAUCAUUUUAUAUCUGGUGUUUCCUGACUGACUGUAUGGUAUUCCACUGUCUCUAUCAUUUUAUAUCUGGUGUUUCCUGACUGACUGUACGGUAUUCCUCUGUCUCUAUCAUUUUAUAUCUGGUGUUUCCUGACUGACUGUAUGGUAUUCCUCUGUCUCUAUCAUUUUAUAUCUGGUGUUUCCUGACCUGACUUGUAACGGUAAUUGCCACUGUCUCUAUCAUUUUAAUCUGGUGUUUCCUGACUGACUGGUAUGGUAUGUCCUCUGUCUCUAAAUAAUUUUAUAUCUGAUUGGUUUUGCCUGACUGACUGUAUGGUAUUCCUCUGUCCGCUAUCAUUUUAUAUCUGGUGUUUCCUGAACUGACUGUACAGGUAUUCCUCUGUCCCUAUCAUUUUAUAUCUGGGUGUUUCCUUGACUGACUGUAACGGUUAAUUCCUCUGUCUCUAUCAUUUUAUAUCUGGUGUUUCCUGGACUGACUGUAUGGUAUUCCCUCUGUCUCUAUCAUGUUAAUAUCUGGUUGUUUCCUGAUGACUGGUACGGUAUUCCACUGUCUCUAUCAUUUUAUAUCUGGUGUUUCCUGACUGACUGUACGGUAUUCCUCUGUCUCUAUCAUUUUAUAUCUGGUGUUUCCUGACUGACUGUACGGUAUUCCUCUGUCUCUAUCAUUUUAUAUCUGGUGUUUCCUGACUGACUGUACAGUAUUCCUCUGACACUUUGAACCUCUGUUGUCCAGGUGACAGAGGGCAUCAAUGCACUACCCUCCACCAACCAGGAGGUGGCAGACUGCAGCCGCACCCUGACAGCUCAGCAGCUUCACCAAGUGGUCAUAGGUGAGAAACGCACAUGCAGUCUUUUUUGUAGCCCUCUGUCCCUACUAUGGCUGAUGAAGAGAAUAUUCACAAAAUUAACAUUUCUUGAAUUAAAGAUGUGAAUCAGAGUUUGGGUACAAGUUAUCAUUUCCCCUCUCUCCCUGCUCCCACCCUCCCCCUCCCCUCCAGGCCCAUCCUCAAUAGAUUUUGGUGAGGUGUGUGUGGCCUCAGUGUGUGUGAGGACCCUGGACCUGGUGAACAACCUGCAGGUGUAUGUGUGGGUGCAGCUGGAGUUAGACUGCUGUCCUGAGCUGCAGCGCUCCAGCCCUCUGUCCCACGUCCUGCCCCCCCUCUCCAGAGCCACCCUGCCCCUCGUCUUAGAGAGCACCAAGCUGGGAAAGUUCCACAAGUUAGUC